AUGAGUGACGCAGCAGGCAGCCCGGCUGCGACAUGCAGCGCGGCUUCGACAAGCAUCCUGACUUCGACAAGUAUCCUGACUUCGACAAGUAUCCUGACUUCGACAAGCAUCCUGAAUUCGAUAAGCACCCUGACUGUGACAAGUAGCUCGACUUCCAGCAAUGUCAGUACGAAUGGGAGUAACAGCUCUUGCAAUUGCACAUACUCCAAGGGCACUGCCGCCGGAAUUGGUGUCGGCUCUGCGUUUGCUGGAGCGCUCGUUGCACUGUUCAUGGGUUUCAUUUGGCUCAAGACACGACGACGAUCUCCGGAACAGAGGAAAACGCGAAAGCUUUCCAACAGUUAUUCCUUUCCCCGAUACGCAGCCAGACCCGCGACCAGCACCUUAUCUGCUGCACUUGAGCGUCUGGAAGACGCUCUGCCCCAGGCUCUAACCCACGCAGACCUAGCAAAGGAAGCAUCACAGCUCGAAACUGCCAUUCGGAACUACCUGGACAAUUAUAUUGACUGGGAUGGCUCACCGAAGUCUCCGCCUCUAGAUGACGAUCGACUGAGCGAGCUCGCCGGGGGUCUCAGCGUGGAUUGGAAGCAGAAGUUGCACAGUAGGAGCAGUCGAUCUAUCACGCUUCGCAUGUUUGUUGCUCGAUUCCUGGCUGCUAGAGUUGAUGUAGCAGGCGCACCGGCAUCCACACUACUGCCUCCCGAAGUGAUGAGAACAUACCAGGCUAUCAUGAGCGGGCAAAAAAAGAAUCGCAAUACACCGGCAUUUCAACACACAUGGCGCGCCAUGACAUCUUACCUCGUUUCCAACACGUAUACUCCAGAUAGAGUAGCCGUAGUUCCCCAUAAUCGACUAUACGAAGCAGUCAAUCGUGAAGCAGCAAACAUCAGAGAGGCGCUGGCCCCUUUACGAUACAGGCGAAAGGGCACCGAGGAGAGGGAGACUGAUGUACUUCGGGAGCUCGUUGCGAAGGCUGCACUACUUGGACUUCACAUGUUUUCCCAAAGAAAUGUUACUGAAUUCUUCUGGCGUCGGAAGGUCGAGGUGUUCCCGGGGCUGAGGCAGAAGUCUCUGCCGCCCGAGGCCAUGGACGCAGCCUCUUGGGGGACCAUUCGAGAGCCUCAGCUAUAG